CGAAACCCUCCACAACAUGUCCCACGCCGAUCUCGAAUCCCUCAAAAGCCAUCUCGACGCCCUACGAGAACGCAUCCUCGCUCUACAGAAUGCCCAAUCCACAUUUUUGCAACUCCCCGCCGAAUUGAGGAAUCAUAUUCUUCGAUUCGCCAUGUAUGCGGAACUUGUCGAGCGGAGGGACGGUGGUGGUGGUCGGUGUCUGACGAGUAGUAGUACUAGUACUACGAAACAAACCAAUGCAAUUUUUCGCGAACCAGAAUUCUUUGCGACGUGUCGUCAGAUUCGACAAGAAUGUUUGGGAGUGUGGUUUCAGGAUGUUCUUGCUUGGGAGGAAUUUGUUGUUGUUGAUGAUGAGGAGGAGGAGGAUUCUGCUUCGGCUCCUCUACCCUCUACCCUUCCCAAUACAUCUGCACCUACACCUACACUUGCAAUUGCAUCUGUUGAUGUUGAUGUUAGUACCACAAGUCCACCCACUCCAUCAAAAUACUGGAAAACACUCUCUUUUCUCGAUCUUCAAAAAACGAAUAUCCUUCCCUCCCCGUCUUUCCUCUCCGCGCAACAACAACAACAACAACAGCAACAAAAAGGAGAAAGAAGAAAAACUUCUUCUCCCUCUUCCUCCUCCUCUCUUCGUCUCAUCACCCAAGUCAUCCAUUGCGAUUUAUCUCGCGCGAGAGCAGGAGUCGAAGGAAGUACGAGUAUUGUUCCGAGGAAAGGUUUGGUGAGAGUACAGGGUUGGAGGGAUGGAGGGCCGAGUUUGAGGUGGUGGGUUUGGUAUUAGAUUUUGAAAUUUGGAUUUGGAUUUGGUUGGGAUGGAUGGAUGGAAGAUAGGAAGGAAGGUACGCGAUUACGUUGGAAUGGAAUACGACUUCAGCUGUGGAGUCAUUUUUGGAUGGUUCGUGUCAUGCAUGCAUGCAGGUGCUCUAGACGUUUUUCGGAAUUACCAUGUAUACAUUGAAGGAAGAGGUUAUAUUCAUCCACCUUAACCCACCGACUAGAUCACGUUAAAACGC